GUGAAUCAGGGUACAUUGAUUAUGAAAACCGAAGUUGAAAACAUAAUAUUUCGAAAACGAGGGAAAAUGGCUGCCCGAAAAGCACGCGAUUUGGGGAUUGGUAAAGAUAGUGAUAAGCUUGAAUUCGCCUCGCUUUAUGGAAUGGCAGAUGCAAUGAGUUUUGGAUUGAGAAAUGCAGGGUUUGGUGUGAGCAAAUAUUUGCCAUUCGGGCCCGUUUCGGAGAUCAUGCCUUACCUUUUGAGACGAGCAGAAGAGAACAAAGGGUUACUCUCAUCUUCUAAUCUUGAUAGACAUCUCAUGAUGCAAGCAACUUGUAUACUCUUAUGUAUACAUAAUUGUUUCUAGAGAAGUUCUUUUAACAAUUGAAUUGAUGGUGUUAGUAUUAUGUUUAUGCAGGAAAGAGUUAAAGAUGAGAGUGAAUGCUUGUGUUUUACGCUUGGUUGAAGGCGAGAGUAGAUUCAAAACAUAAGCAAGCUCCAUUGUUGAAGUUAAAAUGUGAUGCGAUUCGAGUUUGGGCCUUUUGCUUCUAGACCUUGUUACCAUGUAGUUCCAAGGAUGCAUAUAAAUCAAUAGGAGUAUGUGAUUUCUUUGAGGAUAAUAAAACAAUAAUGGAGAGCUUUCAUUAUUCUAAUUCAUGUAAAAUUCUUCCUCUCCAA